UCGGAAUCUCUCUCUCUCUCUCGUUUCGACACAACACCACCAACUUGUAAUUCCAGAAUAUACACACAUACCUCUCUCUCUCUCUCUCUCUCUUAUUUUGAUCAACGAACAGCCUAUCGCGCGGAUCAAAAAAAAAAAAAAAAACAGCCAAUCGCAGCCGUCUCAUUGAUCUGUAUACGUAUAGACAUACAAACCAAUUCACACCGUUCUUUGCCGUCCCAACAGCUACAAACCCAUUCCAGCUCGUCCCUCUCCAGAGUAACGGAAUUUCCCGGCCACGGUUCUGGUCGGCGACCAAGGUUAAGAUGAUUUUGAUGAUAUAUUGUAGUGAAGCCUAGGCGCUUGUCUAGUGGUGUGCUUCUCUUCCUUUCCCUUCGUAAAUGGGCUGUUAUCCGUCCAAGGCAAGAAAGCAGUUUCCUGGACAUGAGGACCCAGUUUCUCUGGCUUCACAAACAGCUUUUAGUGUAAGUGAAGUUGAAGCAUUAUUUGAGCUAUUUAAGAGUAUCAGCAGCUCUGUAAUCGACGAUGGACUAAUAAAUAAGGAAGAGUUUCAAUUGGCUUUAUUCAAGAAUAGAAAAAAGGAGAAUCUUUUUGCAAACAGGAUUUUUGAUCUAUUUGAUGUUAAGCGAAAGGGAGUCAUUGAUUUUGGUGAUUUUGUUAGAUCACUCAAUGUGUUCCACCCAAAUGCCCCAGAAGAAGACAAAAUUGACUUUUCAUUUAAGCUCUAUGAUUUGGACAGCACCGGAUUUAUCGAAAGACACGAGGUCAAGCAAAUGUUAAUUGCACUCCUGUGCGAGUCUGAAAUGAAGCUGGCAGAUGAGACCAUUGAGAUUAUACUUGAUAAGACAUUUUUGGAAGCAGAUUUGAGCCAGGAUGGAAAGAUUGAUAAAUCCGAGUGGCAGAAUUUUGUGAGUCGAAACCCUUCGUUGUUGAAGAUAAUGACACUUCCGUAUCUGAGGGAUAUAACCACAACAUUUCCAAGUUUUGUGUUUCAUUCCGAGGUUGAUGAGAUUGCUACCUAACAAAUAUAGGCUUGCUUUGUGAAUUCAUGUGUUUUGUCUUGAAGGUGUUUGUGCUUUUCAUAAUUCUGGAGUAAAGUUUUUGAUGAUGUAAAAGGGAGUAUUACAAGUAUCUCUCCCAGAAUGUAAAAAUGGUUCAAGAUGGGAUAUUUCCUCUUUUCUGCGUAAAUAUCAUUUAGUUAAUGGACAAAUUCCCCAUAUAUAUAUAUUUUUUUCUAGAGGAGAUCAAA